AUGUUGGACGCUUCAAGAAACACAAUGGACAAGAUCACGUCCCAGAACCCUCAACAAAUCAUGGAGGGCCUCUCCGACUUGGCCAGCAAGUCGCGGAACGAGUUAGCUGCUCGUUUCACAGCUUUACAAGCGACGGUGGAAUCAUACUCCAAAGUUGACAUCACGAAUCACGUGGUAUCCCACAUGGUGGACAGCGUUCGACCCAAGAAUUUGGCGGACUCUAUCAGUGAAGGAAGCAGCAGUCUACAGGAGACAGUCUCUGGAUACACAAAAACUGUUAAAGAGAUGAUGCCCCCCAUGGACAAGAUUUAUGAACUCAUAGCCUCCACCUUCGAUGUAUCCGCCAAGAUGGAUCAACUCAAAGCCAUCCGUAUCCAGGACAUUUCUCCUGGGAAAACCAUUCAAGACCUCGCGGAAUUCAGCGACCUUUCCGGAGCUUUUGAAACCCUGAGGCAACGCGUCACUUCUGUACUGGAACCCGUUGUCCAGGCCGUCGCCUCCAUGGAUCUGUCACAGAAGUUCAAUGACUUCACUCAUCGGUUUUAA